CCUCUAUUCUCCAUAGUUGUUUCUCUAUCUUUAUCUCUCCCUCUCAAAAAUAAUAAUAGUGGAUGCGAAAAUGAUGAUAGCACAACAUGGCAAUAAUAUUCUAACACUAACUUCACCUUAUCAAUGGAUGAUGAAGUUGAAGCAUAAAUCAAAAUCUCCCUUUGUAGUUGGAGUUCUUGCAAGGCCAGCUGAGAAUAUUGCUCAAGAAACUAAUGUCUACAAAGAUAAUUGGUUUGAUCACUUAGCUAUAAACCAUUUAUCAAAAAGUGUUCAAGCAUCAACAGGACACAGUAAUAGAAAGAGUGGAUAUGAGAGCCUUGUAGAAGCAGCGAUGGUGGCUUAUAAGGAAUUUAAUUCUAAUGAACAGAAAGAAGUUAUCAUUCAAGCACUUGAUAGAGCAUUUCCAAGGCCAAUACUUAUGUUGAUAAGGACAAUGCUACCACCAUCUAAAUUUGCAAGGGAAUAUUUUGCUGCUUUCACCACUUUGUUCUUUGCUUGGUUGGUCGGACCCUCCGAGGUGAGAGAAUCAGAGAUGAAUGGAAGAAGAGAAAAAAAUGUAGUCCACAUAAAGAAAUGCAGAUUUUUGGAGAAGACAAAUUGCGUAGGAAUGUGCAUUAAUCUCUGCAAGAUGCCAUCUCAAUCUUUUAUAAAAGAUGCUUUUGGUAUGCCAGUAAACAUGGUUCCUAAUUUUGAUGACAUGAGUUGUGAGAUGAUAUUUGGCCAAGAACCCCCACCAUCAACUGAUGACCCAGCAUUCAAGCAACCUUGUUAUAGACUAUGCAAGACAAAGCAAAACCAUGGAAUGAAUUGCCUCAGUUAAUGCAGCAGCACCGAGCUGGCUUCGACUGCAUUCUUCAAGAUAACACGAGGACUUGAAUCAAGUGGUGUUCAGAUGCUACUCCAACGGACACCAUAGUGCGAUGUGAGCUCCUGGAUAUUUUGAGUGGGCUGUAUUUAGCUUGGGACUGCAGUUUCAAUGAAAUCAUUUGUGAAGUGGACUACCCUAAUGUUUAUUGUGCUAUUAUUCAUGAUGCUGCUAGUAAUAAUACAGAUUUCAUUAAAAGAA